CACACACACACACACACACACACACACACACACACACACACACCUCCUUAAUCCUCCGGGAGGCAGUGUGUAGUGACAGGCACCAUGAAGGCGAGGAGACGUGCUUACAGAUAAAGCGAUUAUAGCUGACAGCUUGGGCAGAGACACGAGAGGCGCCAAGGCAAGGGAAGUGAACGAUUGACUGCAUCCUAAAGCCUCAUGUGCAAGAAGUGGUUGGUAUGUGUACACUACAAACAUUCCCCAUUACUUUUUGUAAAUUAAACCCCCAAACUCAAGCCCCUCAGACAUGGUGGACGUGUUCCAUGGUUCUCAUUCUAGUGAAAAGGGACCAGGAUAAACUGGACACAGAAAGGGAGAUUGUCCUGCUCCUACAGAACCACAUACGUAUGCUAUUCUCUGCAUCUGCUGCAGGUGAAAACCACCAGUGUUCUGUUACUCACAAACAUACAUACAAACAAACACACACUCGAUUUGUAUUUUCGAACCAGUCGGAAGAACAGCAGCAAAGCUUUCUUAAAGUGCUGCCAAAUAAAUGUCUGUACCUAGCCUACGAGGCCCCCUACAGGAGGGAGCUGGAGGCCGUGUUUGAUGUAGAAGAGAAGCCCACGUUUGUGUUGCUGCUGCGGCCAGACGGCUCAGCCCUCUCCCCGAAUGCAGUGGAAGAGAUCUGCAGCCCGGGCCCCGCAGUGCUACCGCAACUGGCAGGGGGGGCCGCCGCGCUGAGCGACGGGAACCUCCUGAUGAACGAGGACUUUGACGAAAAAAUCCAUGAGAGGCUUCAGUGAGCCCGUGACUCAAGUACAAGGUGGAGGGCGAUGAAGGAGACGUAGGGGAGGGCUGGAGUGGAGGUGAUGAAGACGGUGAGGGGUUUAGGGAAAGAAAGGACUGCAGCAUGAAGACGAGGGUGAAGGAGAGGGGACACCAUGAGGUUGACGGAAAGAGAAGCUGCUCCUCAAGGGGGUUAUAAAUGCUGUAUCCAAAGGCAAUGUAUCAAAGGAGUGCUUCUGGAAAGACCCUUUGAACUGAUUAUUAUGAUUCCCCAUAAAGUUGUCCUGUUUAAAUUAUGUUUAAUUCAUUAAUAAAUUAAAGUUAAUUUAG